GUACCGCGCUACGUCCGAGUCAACACCCUGAAGACUUGUGUGGACGAUGUGAUUGACUUCUUCAAGCGUCAAGGCUACUCCUACCUGGGCAAAGCAGCCAGCAUGGACGAACUGAGGGCCCUCUCCGGGAAGAAAUUCUUGUUGGAUCUUCAUCUCCCAGAGCUGCUGGUUUUCCCUCCCCAGACGGACUUCCAUGACAACCUGCUGUACACUUCAGGACACAUAAUUCUGCAGGACAAGGUGGGGAAGCAGGGGAGCAGGAGACUGCAGCCUUCGUCCAGCUCCCAUGUCAUCGAUGCCGGCGCUGCCCCUGGGAACAAGACCAGCCACCUGGCUGCCAUCCUGAAGAACAAGGGCCAGAUCUUUGCCUUUGAUGUGGACACCAAGCGCCUGGCCACCAUGAACACCAUGCUGAUGCGGGCUGGGGUCACUGCUUUCCAGCUGGCCCAGCAGGACUUCCUGGCCGUGGAUCCUGGAGAUCCCAAGUACAGCAAGGUGACCUAUAUCCUCCUCGACCCGUCCUGCAGUGGCUCAGGGAUGGUGAACCGGAUGCCGAGGGAGGAAGCUGCCCCGAGUGCCGAGCGGCUGCAGGCGUUGGCUGGCUUCCAGCGCAAGGUCUUGAGCCAUGCCUUGAGCUUCCCAGCUCUCUGGCGCCUGGUCUACUCCACCUGCUCACUGUACCGGGAAGAGAACGAGGAUGUGGUGCACUCUGUGCUGCAGGAGUGGGGCUCGACCUUCAGGCUGGUGAACGCCUUCCCUUCCUGGCCCUGCCGAGGACUCGCUGCCUUCCCUGGGGCACAGUGCUGCAUCCGCGCCUCUCCUGCAGACACACUCACCCACGGCUUCUUUGUGGCUGUCCUGGAGCGGUGCAGGGAAGGAGAUGCUGUCCCUAGCUCCCUGCCUGUGGCAGCUGAGGAGAACGCACAGCACAGAGAGGGAACGGAGCCAGGAGCAGCUCCCAAGAAGAGGAAAAAGCAGUGGGUGAAGUAG